UUUUUAAGCGGCCUUUGUCGACGACGGGAAGGAGUGCGAGUGGGAAAGCAUCGGAUGCUCUCCUUGGCUUUGCUUUCCAGAUAAUCUCGUUGGGGUUCGGCCUCAUCCCCCCCCCCCCCCUCUCCUCCUCCUCCUCUAUAAGAAUUCGCGACAGCCUCCGUCGGCGAUCGACACCAAAACCCCUCGUCGAUGGCGGACCUGCUGGCGCCCGAGCAGAUCGCGGAGUUCAAGGAGGCCUUCAGCCUCUUCGACAAGGACGGGAACGGUCACAUCACAACUAAGGAGCUUGGAAAUGUGAUGCGAACACUGGGACAGAAUCCUACAGAGGCAGAGCUACAGGAUAUGAUCAAUGAGGUGGAUGCCGAUAGGAGUGGAACCAUUGAUUUUAAAGAGUUCCUUAACCUGAUGGCACACAAGAUGAAUGCUGGCUCAGAGGAGGAGCUUAAGGAGGCUUUUCGGGUAUUUGACAAGGAUCAGAAUGGGUUCAUUUCUGCUGUUGAGCUUCGCAAUGUAUUGGUCAAUCUUGGAGAGAAACUGACUGAUGAGGAGAUUAAUGAGAUGAUGCAUGAGGCUGAUACCAAUAAUGAUGGCCAAAUCGAUUAUAAGGAGUUCAUAAAAGUCAUGAAUGCAAAACGAAGACCAGGUGAGGGGAGUGAUAGCAAGAAGGCUGAGACCAGUCCUCGUCACUCGAAGCACAGCGGCGACGAUCCUCCAUCAAAGUGCAGCCAAGUCUGCUCGAACUGCACUGUUCUCUAAUCGACCUGUGUGGGGCAUCCUUACUGGAGACAUGGAAUGAGUGAGUGACAUGGUGUUAUGUUCUGUAUGUAUUUAACAUUGCUUGGUACCAUAAAUGAAUUCCUCUUCCCUGUGAGUAGACAUAUUUACUGUAUCACACUAUAAAAGCCAUAUUGUUUAUAUCAUAUGUAUUUGCAAAUAUUUUCAUCUGAUUCUGCUUCUUCCUUCUUGUUGUA